AUGUCGUUGUCGUCGUCCACCUCGAGCGGUAGCAGCAGUAGCUCCCUCGCCCAGGCCACGCCUUCGCCCGGCCCGUCAUGCCACAACCUCUUUGAUCCGCCGACGGCCGACGCGGCGUGCGCGAUGCCCUUCUCCGACAACAAUGUGAACCUGAUGCGGUCCUGCUGCAAGGGCGCGCAGGUCGUCAGCUACUACAACAAGUGCGGGCUGUACUGCCUCGCGCAGGGCCAGAGCGUCGGCGACCUGACCAGCUGCCUGUACAAGGCGAACGCGCCCUGGAACAGCGUCUUCUGCCGCGGCAACACCACGGCCACGGCCACCGAGACGGGCGCCGGGAGCAUCGCGGCCACGGCCUCGGCGUCGGUCGUGGCCGGCGCGUCGUCGUCUGGCUCCGCGACGGACACGGGCAGCGCCGGCGGCGCCAGCCCGACCAAGUCCGGCUCCGCGGCCCCCGCGCUGCGGCCGCAGGCCGGGCUCAGCCUUAGCGGCGUGGUGGUCGGGGCGACGCUCCUGUCAGCUGUUGUCCUCGGGGCAUUUCAGAUUUAA